UCAUCAUAUUCUCCUUUUCCCUUCAUCUUGUCUAACCUUUAUACUCCAUUCACUUCAUUCAUUACCAUCUCCUCUUUUUAUAUUCACAUCUCUCCAUCUGUAAUACCUUCCAACCAUGAGCCUUGACGCAGAAUCCACCCAGCCUAUCCUCCAGAGCUAUGUUGGCUUUGAUUCGAUCACAUCUCAGAUUGAAAAGAAAUUGCUUAAGCGCGGUUUCCAAUUCAAUGUCAUGGUUGUUGGUCAGUCUGGCUUGGGCAAGAGUACACUUAUCAAUACCAUCUUUGCCUCUCACCUUAUUGACUCUAAGGGUCGCACCCAACCAGAUGAACCCACCCGCCAGACUGUUGAAAUCCACUCCUUUACAGAGACUGUUAUCGAGAAUGGUGUUAAGCUAAGGCUCAACAUUGUCGACACCCCUGGAUAUGGUGAUCAAGUUAACAACGAGAACUGCUGGGAGCCCAUCAUCAAGUACAUUAAGGACCAACAUUCAGCCUUCCUUCGCAAGGAAUUGACCGCCAUGCGUGAUCGUUUCAUUCAGGAUACUCGCAUCCACUGCUGCUUGUUCUUUAUCUCUCCCACUGGCCACUCAUUGAAGCCAAUUGAUAUUGUUGUUCUUAAGAAGUUGACUGAGGUUGUCAAUGUCGUCCCUGUUAUUGCCAAGUCAGACUCGUUGACUAUCGAGGAACGCAUUGCCUUCAAGCAACGUAUUAAGGAGGAAAUGGCAUUCCACAACAUCAAGCUAUACCCCUAUGCAUCUGACGAGGAUGACGAGCAGGACCAGGCCCUGAACGAAAGCAUUCAGGACUUGAUUCCUUUCGCGGUUGUUGGGUCAGAAAAGACGAUUGUCGUCGAUGGCAAACCAGUUCGCGGUCGUCAAAACCGAUGGGGCGUCAUCAAUGUCGAGAAUGAGAACCACUGCGAGUUCAUCCAUCUUCGUAAUUUCUUGACACGUACUCACUUGCAAGAUCUGAUUGAGACUACUGCUAUGAUCCAUUAUGAGUCUUUCCGCUCUAAGCAGCUGCUUGCCCUCAAGGAGAAUGGUCAGCAGCAGCAUCACUAAACCGGGGGUCGUCUCUCCUAUGAAUAGAGAAAUAAUGAUAUCUCAGGAAGGACUUUUUUUUUUGAAAGUACAUUGGAAGGAAACACUUUUUUUAAUAUAACUAUAAUUGAUCAACAAUUGGAGCAGCAUGUGCAAUGAUACCACCACGGUCAAAUAUUCAUACAAUUUUCGUACUUAUCUAGCCUACAAUACUUAAUCCCAUUUGUUUUCUUGGUAACGAUCGAGAAGCCUGGUCCAUAGAAAUGCGAAGGAAGUGGCAGACGUAUUUCUGGCAAAUGCGACUUUUUUUACUUCUUUCUACACAACCAUUGUCUGCUUCUUUUUUGUUUCAAUAAAUAAU